AUGCCUGACAUUAUGGAAAAGGAGCCAGUACCACAGAGUAUGGCACCAAACGUAGUUAUCGUUGAUGGUUGUCCCAUUGUUCCAGCCGCUAAAGUUGAGGCUUUAACGAACUUCGUCCUUAAGAAGUUUUCCUCUUUCGGGAAUAUUAUUUACAAAACUAUGCCGCUUGAUGCAGAUGAGCAGUCUAAGGGAUACAUGUUCAUCGUAUAUGAAUCUCCCGAGUCCGCUGCGAAGGCUUGCAAAGAAAUGGAUAAAACUCCUCUUGAUAAAGCGCAUACUUUCCAAACAACUCUUUUUUCUGAUUACAAUAAAUGUAUCGACGUUAGCAAAACAUGGGUUCCCCCUGAAAAGAAGCCUUACUUAGACGUCGGUAACCCUCAUAGUUGGUUGCUCAAUGAAUUCGCUCGCGAUCAGUAUAGCAUAAUUCAUCAAGAUGGUGCCCAAGUCUCUAUCUAUUGGCACACCAAUACUGAGGAGAUUCUUAUCGAAGAAAGAGAGGGUUGGUCUGAAAGCUGCAUUAAGUGGUCUCCUCGAGGAACAUAUUUGGCUACAAUGCAUCAAAGAGGUAUUGCUCUUUGGGGUGGUGAUAAGUUCAAUCGAAUUGGGAGAUACGCUCAUCCAAAUGCCUCCAUGAUUGACUUCUCUCCAAAUGAAAGAUUCAUGGUGACUCUAAGUCAAAAGCCCGAAUCGAGAGGCAGCAAUCCGGUUUAUGACAUGGUUGUUUGGGAUAUUUGCAAGGAAACUGUUUGCCGUAACUUCUCUGGCGCAAUUAGCUCUUGGCCUGCCUUUAAAUGGUCCCAUGAUGAUGCUUACGUGGCAACCGUACAGGGAGGAAAAAUUUAUAUCUAUGGAACAGCAGAUUUUACUCUUGUCGAUGGCAAACCGAUUACUGCUCCGGUACCUAUCAAUAACUUUGAAUUCUCCCCCACUGAAAACAUUCUUGCCUUCUGGACUCAGGAAACGAAUUCUACUCCUUCUAGAGUGGCUUUGAUAUCUAUUCCUUCGAGAAAGGAGCUGUGCACUAAGAACUUGUUCCAAGUUGCCUCGAUUGUCUUAGACUGGCAUCCUCAGGGUGAUUAUCUCUGUAUCCAGGUUGAGAGGUACAACAAAAAGAAGAUGGAAGAGGGUCAAAUUAAAUACCUUGGAACAUUUAUCAACCUUGAAAUUGUGCGUUUGAGGGAGAAACUCUUCCCAAUUGACCAAAUCACUGUUAAAGACGCCGCAUCGUUGACAAACUUUGCUUGGGAGCCGACGGGAAAUCGUUUUGCCUAUAUUGCGGUGGAUAACUCCAACAAAAAUACCAUUCCACUGUAUAGCUUGACAAAAUCGGGAAAAGUCGCUGAAUUGGCCACCUUUGAACGCCCAAAUACUCGUAUUAACUGUCUUAAGUGGUCUCCUAAAGGCAAUACCUUUGUUGUUGCUAAUUUAAAUGCGGCUGAUGCCUCCUUAGAAUUCAUUGACGCUAAUGAUUGUCAAGCACUCAGCAAGGUUGAGCAUCCCAUGGCUGGUGAAAUCCACUGGGAUAGCACUGGGCGUUACGUUGCCUCCGUGGUCACCUCCUUCCGACAAAAGUCUGACAACGGUGUAUGGUUCUGGAACUCUGUUGGGAGUAGUCUUUACCAGAAAAAGAUGACUGGACUUCAGCUCUUUGCUUGGAGACCUUUCCCUCCCUCUUUGCUUACUCCUGAACAGAUGAAUGUAGGCUAUGACUCAACUAUGGCUAAUUGGAAAAUCAAGAAAGACCUGGCUACCAAGUAUUCACCGCAAUUCGACGCGGAAGACAAGAUGCUGGCAUCCAAAGCUAGCCGUGAUGUCAUCGAACGAAGACAGACACUUACUUCCAAGUUCAAUGCUUGGCGAACAAAUCUACUUUCGCGAUAUUCCGCCGAUAAGGCUAAGCGAGAUAAGCUUCGUGGCACUGAUACUGAUAGAGCCAAUUCGGAGGAGGUAGAGGAAGAGGUAGAAUUCUUAGUGAAGACAUCUCGGGAAAAAGUCAAACGAGAUGCUUAA